AUGAUGGACAACGCCGGUGAGCAGCUGCGCAUCGUCGACUCGACACUGAAGCGCACGACUCCACGCAACUGCCUGUGGUACAGCCUUGUCUGCGAGGGCGACGGCUUCUGUGUGCUGCAGCGGCCCUACGUCGCCUUCACGCUUCGUGAGCGUCUCGUGGCCCGCCCUGUGUGGACGGCGCAGGAGAAGCUCUGUAUCGUUUAUCAGCUGUUAGAGGCGGUGGCGCACCUGCACGAGACCUACGGCCUCACGCACGGCGACAUCAAACCGAACAACGUCCUCGUGCAGAGCACCGGCGUGCUGCUGCUGUCUGACAUGGCUCUUUUCAAGCCAUGCCAGAUGCCGCUCGACAGCCCGCUGCUGUUCGACUACUACUACGACACGGACGAGAACAGGGCGUGCUUCGUGGCACCCGAGAAGUUCAGCGACCAGCCGCUGCCCACGCCACCGCCGGAGAGCAAGACGCGGGGCAGUGCAACCUACAAUGUGAGCAACGUCAACUUCGAUGGCCACACGGCCUCGAUGGACGUCUUCUCGACGGCAUGCGUCGUGCUGUUCCUUUACAAGGAAGAAGAUCCGCUGACACUGUCGCAGGUGCUGAGCCUGCGCCACCUGGCCAACGCCGAGGCCCGCGAAGCGUUUGUGGCGCCCGUUCUGCGCGACGCCAACGUGCCCGCUGCGCUGCAUCCGCUGCUGCUGCCGAUGCUGUGCGCCACCGCGGAGGAGCGACCGUCCGCGCGCGAGCUGGUGAACCGCGGGCUGCAACAGCGCAUCUUUCCCGCCUCGCUCCCUUACCUGUACGAGUCCGUGCUGCCUCGCCUCCUCACCACAGCUCCAGACACGCGGCUGGUACUCCUCCACAACCAGCUGGAGGCGGUGCUGCAGAGAUGCGAGGUGCUAGACAUGACGCCAGAAGGUAGCGGUGGCACGUCGUCGACGGCUGAGAUUGAGGUAGCGGCGUCCGCUGAAGCGGUGGGCGCCGAUGCAGCUGACUUGGCGGCGGUUGUGUCCCCAUCUCGGCAGCUGGCCGUGUCUCUCCUUCUACCUCUUCUUCUUCAAACCUUGCACAGCACCUGCACGAGCGACGAGGCGGCUUACCGCGGCCUGCUCUGCUUGCGUCGUUGCGCGUCGUACUGCAGCUUCACCUGCCUAGUGGACGCAGUGUUACCACACGUGCUGUUUUACGUGAACAACGAUGCCCACGUCUACGGACCGUCCACGCGCCUCAUGGCGCUUCGGCUGCUCAGCUCUAUCUCGGAAGUCAUCGCGCGUCACCUCACGCUCGGGUCGCCGCAGCGCUUGGGUGGCGCCGUGACAACUUCGCGCGAUGCGGCCGCUGCGAAGCCCGGCGACACGGGAGAGGGCUCUGCCGUACCAGAGGAGCAGUGGGCACUCAUGGAACAUCUUGUGCUGCCGUGCCUGUACGGCGUCCUACGGCAGGCGGAGCAGGAGUCCACGGCGGUGCUGGUGGAGGUGGCAAGUCGGCUGCCGCGACUGCUGCUCCUGGCACGCUACAUCACGGAGCGGCGGCAGCUCUUAUACGGGGCCGAUGCGGUGAUGACGCAGUCAACUACGGUUGAGAGUCGGUCUGGCACACAAGGGCACCGUGCCCGGCAAACGGGAGAGGCUGCGCAUGAGCAGCAGAGUCGCCACGACCCACUGCACGGGCAACCGCACCGCCAGGCCAGCCGGCAUCUCUCUCCGAACAAGGGAGGCGAGGAGGGUGACAGGGUGAAAGCGGUGGCAGCGCCAAGUUCGACGUCGAUGUCACCAUCGCCGCUGCCGCCGCCCCGCAGCAGCAGUGACGCGCUCUACUCCAGCCCCACCGAGGUUGCCAUCCUGUGCGAGCAGAGCGUCAGCGGCGGUACGCGGGCGAGGUUGGUCCCGGCAGCGCGCCACACUGAAGCUGGCAAGUCGGCGAACGAGGUGAGCGAUGCAGAUGGAGAGAAUGCAGGCGACUUGCACGGUGCCAGCGCUGCUGGCACGCAGCAGUACCUCACCCAGCUCCACUGCCUCCUGACGAACGGCUGGGGCAUGUUGCAGAUAUUGUACAACCACCCAUGCGUCGCCGUCGUCGUGGAGGUCAUGCAGCAGUCUUCCAGCACCGUCGCCGCCUUUCUGGGUGAGGAGCGGGUGACAGAGGACCUGAUACCUCUCCUCACCACGGCCCUGGCUGCGCCGCUGCGGGUGCAGAGGCUGCUCUAUUCACAAGCCAUCCUGCUGCACGCCCUGCUCCAGCGUCCGUCGACAAAGACGCUUCGGCUGUUUGUGGACGAAGGCCUGCGGCACACGGACGACGUGUGCCUCAACAGAACCCUGCACAGCCUCGCAGUUGUGGUGCGCAGCCGCAGGCUGCCGCUGGAGGAGACGAUGGCACUUGUCCACCAGACCCUGCCGAUGCUGGUGGAGAGCCGUUUGUGGCUGCGCGAGGCGGCGUGCGGCGUCGUUGAGGCGGCUGCACAGACCUACUCGGCGAGCGACAUUGCACUGCAUCUCGAGUACGCCGUGCGGCCGCUGCUGAUGCUGCCGGUGCCUCUGGCACACCUGCGCCACUACGCCGCCACGGUCAUCCGGGCUGAGCUGACUAUGCCGUUCAUGUCCUUGGGUGGCACGGCGGGGCCGACGUCGUGCAGCUACGUCAGCAGCGCGCCGUUGAGGGAAAGGGCGUCCGUCACCGGCUCAGCUUGCUUGCUAGGUGAGGACAUCUUUGAGGAUGAUGAGCCGAUGAACCAGUUGCUGGAAAAUGGCACCGGCGGCGGUGAUGGGCGACGCGGUCGCCCAGGGCAGUGGCGAGGCUUCGAAUACGGAGGGGGCAACGGAGGCACCUUCCCGAAUGUGUUGCCGGAGGUUGUGGCGGUGACCGACUCUGAUGCGUCGGCGCCGCCACCGGCGCUUUUGCACGGGCUCCCGUUGCCUGAGGCUUUGUCGUCAUCGGUGCCAGGAUCGAGGACGUCCCAUGAGGCGAGCAUCGCGGAGCCUGCAGUGACCGCGCAGCACAUCCGCAGCGCCACCGACAUGUGCGCUGUCGCCGAUGAUGGCGGUGACUCGGACGGCAUGGCACUUGUCUACCGGCCCGCCGCGCGAGAGGUUGCGCGGGUGCAGCUUGAAGGUCACUCCCUGUCGCUGCACCUCCCAGCUUCUUCCGCGGCGCUGCCAGUGCAGGGUUGUCAACUCCCGACUCCGCCACACCGCAGGGACGUAUCGCCGCUGCCCGCCACGCUGCCGCCGCCCUCAGGCGUGAGUCGGUGCAGCCUCAAAGGCGGUGAUGGGCGCGUCUUGCACGGUCGAGUGACACCACCCUCCCUGACCUCAUCAGCGGCAGCGGCUAGCACCGCGGUGCCGUCUUCCUCCUCAGCAUCUUGCUCGGCGUUGCGCCCCACUGCCGCUGCACUCAGCUCCGUCAGCGCUCACAUGGGGGCCAUCUACGCAGCGGCGCCCUCGCCGUCAGCCAACGGGAUCGUGAUAUCGGCCGGGGCACGAGGUGAAGCUUUUGUGUGGCAGGUCGCCGCGUCGCACACGAGCACAGCUCGCGCGCGUGAGCUGUGCUUGGUGGAGCGAGUCGCGGCGGCGACGUCUAAGGCGGGGGUGCACACCUACACGGCGUGCCAGUGGAUCAGUGUGCCAGGUCAGCGGCGAGACUUCACGCUCGCCUCCGUGCCCGCCUCGGCUUCCUGCUCGUUGGUGGCCUUUGCGAGCACCGAUGGCGCGGUGAGAGUGCUGGACGUGGAACAGAAUGCGUGGGUAUCGUCCACCGUUGUCGGUGGCGCUCUGGAGGGCGGGCUGACCGGGCUGGCGCUGCAGGAUCGAGCAUCGCUGCUUGUGACGACCGCGGCUGGCGGCCUUCACGUUGUGGACACGCGGUGCCGAGGCUGGGGCCGUGCAGACGACGAGGAGUCAGCCGUGGGCUCGACCGCCUCAGUGUGGCACACCCGACUCAAUCCACUCGACGGUGCACCGAGCUGCGUGUGCCCGCUCUACACGGGCGACAGGGCGUGCGCUGCAGCCGUCGGCACCUACGGCGGCGCUGUGUGCCUGUACGACUUGCGUUAUCAACUUUGCGCGCAACGGGUGGUUCUUGUUGAUGACGAGGCAGGGCUACUGUCAGCGUCGGCUCUUGCUUCAGUGCGGCUGUCCAUCACGACGGCGUGCGUGGAUCCCUUGUCUACGCUAUGUCAGAGCUGCCGCCCAUCGUCUUGGGAGCCGGAGACAGCGGCGGGGCCGAGUCUGCUUCUCGGCACAACCGGGGGCACGGUGUAUCGCCUCCUCCUCCAGAGCGCCAGCUACUGGCCUGCGUUUCAGUGUUGUCGCAACGGUGGCGGUGCCAUACGCACGAUGUUGACGCAGCCCACGCACGGCUGCGUCUUCACCGGCAGCGAGGACGGGUAUAUUCGGAGCUGGUCAACUGACCGCCCAGAGACGUCCCACACUCUGGUGUGCGCGCUGUACCGAUCUCCGACAUACACCGUGGUGCGCACUGGUGCCGCGGAGCGGGCGCUGGCAGCGAAUCUUGUGCGUGGCGACGCAGUUGCCCCACCGGGCAGCAACGGCAGCAAGGGGCUUGCUUCCCUCACCGUGCGCGAAGGCAGCGACAUCCGCCACGGCGGCUGCGCUCUUCCGCGACACGCCCCGGAUGCGAUCCUCGCCUUGUGUGCUGUGCGCAUGACCACCACGUCCUUGGCGUCUUGGGGUCCCAGCAACAGUGGCAGCGGUGGAGGAGGUGAGCCAUGCUAUCUGCUCUCUGGAUCCCGCGACGGCACGCUGACGCUUUGGGACAACGACCCUGAACGGCUCUGA